UGUUCGCGGGUUAAGGGCGCAGCAAAUUUGAAGUACUUAGUUCAAUACAAUGUUUAGAAAGUUAAUGUCGAUUCUUCCACUUCUUCUACCGGCGUCUGUGAUUUUUGAGGCAGGUGUCAAUUAUUACGUCAAACUAAUCCAAACCGAAGAAAAACGCGCGAAGACGUACCAACUACCAGAUGAUGCCACCGAAUACCGUGCUACUGUAAACACGUACACUGAAUUUGGAAACUACGACCAUAUUAUUGUCGGCGCCGGAUCUUCCGGCGCAGUUAUCGCCGCACGUCUUUGCGAGAAUUCCACCAAGCGAAUUCUGCUCAUAGAAGCUGGAGGCAACGAGACAGAUCUGACCGACAUACCGGCAAUGGGGACGCUAGCCCAAACGCUUGAGUACAACUGGAAUUACCAGACCACCCCUCAGAACCGUGCAUGUCUACUAAACGAUAAUAGGCGCUGCGUAUACCCGGCGGGUCGAGGUCUCGGGGGAAGCACAAUAAUUAACAGCCUAAUAUAUUCCAGAGGGUCCGCGGCUGACUACAACGUUUGGGGCUUAGAGAAUCCCGGAUGGUCAUUCGGAGAUCUGCUGCCCUUCUUUAAAACUGUCGAAAACUACAAAAUCCCCGCCGACUCCUGCUACCACGGUUACGACGGUCCCGUUAACGUGGAUUACCCGCGACCACUCCUGAACGCAAAAUCCAGCGCCUUUGUGUUCGCAAAUCAAGAGCUGGGCAUCGAAGUCGGCGACUACAACGGGGCGAAUCCCUUACGCGUCGGGGUCGUACAGUCUAAUAUCAUUGAAGGACAACGGGCAAGUACCGGAAGGGCUUACAUACAACCCUCGUUGAAACGUUGCCCUAAUCUCGAGGUUUUAACACGCAGCUACGCGACCAAAGUUUUAAUGAAUCCCACAACAAAAAGGGCAAGCGGCGUGUUUUUCGCAAGGGAUAAGAAAUUUUUCGUUGCAAAAGCCACAAACGAAAUCGUGCUCUCCGCCGGGGUCUAUCGCUCCCCACAGCUGCUCAUGUUGUCUGGCAUUGGACCAUCGGAUCAACUCACAGAGCUUGGAAUUCCAGUUCUUCGUGACUUACCGGUUGGGCAAUUUUUUAAGGACCAUUUGGCCUACUCCGGUUUGGCUUUCUACACGAAGCGCGGCAGCGAGCCAAAGAAACUGGAACAAAAUAUCCGCGACUACCUAAACUCGAAAGGGCAGCUCACCACCACCGGCGCUUUGGCUUUGGCGUUUGUGCAAAACAAUCGUUCCGAACCUGUCCGACGUCCCGACAUCGAAAUCGCCCUCUUUGAGUUCUCGCAAGAUUACGGUUUUCCGUACAAGGUUAACGAUCCCAGCAAAUUGGUUUCGGUGGUUCCCGUGGUUUUACACCCUAAAUCACUAGGUAGUCUCACACUGAACUCGUCCGACCCUUUCAUUUAUCCGGUGAUCGAUCCGAAAUUUUUAUCGGACACCGACGGUGAAGAUCGGAAAACUAUGUUGCUCGGGAUUAGUUAUUCGUUAAAUCUGUUAAACACGGUCGCGUUUAAGGGAAUCGAUGCAAAAUUGGUACCGGUGCACUUACCCCAAUGCAAAAACUACGCGUACUUCUCGAGUGAGUACUGGAACUGUCACAUAAAUCACUUGAGUGGACCAUUUAAUCACCCAUUUGGGACGUGCAGAAUGGGACCUGAUGGCGUUGUCGAUCACAAGCUAAGAGUCCAUGGCGUCGAGAAUUUAAUGGUUGCAGAUGCAAGUGUUAUUCCGGUUUCGAUCUCGGGGCACACAAGUGCACCGUCUAUGAUGAUCGGUGAGAAGGCGGCUCACAUAAUUCGAUUUGGUUAG